UCUCUCUCUCUCUUGUUCGUCUUUCCCUCAAUUUUGCGGGGAUUUGUCCCCACGUUAUUAUUCCUCAGCAUCAAAAUUCUGAUUAAUCCAACUGUUGUUCCGCAUGUAUGAUACGCAUACCAGAUUUUAAUCGGUGGUUUUUGGGCUUGAUCAAAUAAUAUCACGAGGGAUCGGCGAUUAGUUCGUCAAUUUUUGUGUUUUUUUCAAUAGGAUGUGCGUAGUUCGGGAAUAGAAGGAUACGUAAUUAUAGAAUUAUUUUAGUAUUUCUUGGAUCUGCGAGAACCCUAUUUUGGCUAGUAUAUCGUAUUUUAUUGAGCGAUUUAGUGUGAUCAGCGGUUGAUAUUUGGGAUUUAGGUUAAAAUCGAAGGAAUUCUUAUAGUUGGGGAUUGUUUGAUUCAGCAUAUUGCCAUGGAUCAUAUUGUGGGUGGAAAAUUCAAGCUUGGAAGGAAAAUUGGGAGUGGUUCUUUCGGUGAACUUUAUUUGGGUGUGAACAUACAGAACGGAGAAGAAGUAGCUAUUAAGCUGGAAUCAGUUAAGACAAAAUACCCUCAACUUCACUAUGAGUCAAAAAUUUAUAUGCUUCUACAAGGAGGAAUGGGCAUUCCCAGCUUGAAAUGGUUCGGGGUUGAGAGUGAAUAUAAUGUCAUGGUCAUAGACCUUCUGGGACCGAGUCUGGAAGAUCUAUUUAACUACUGUAACAGGAAGUUCACCUUGAAAACAGUAUUAAUGCUUGCAGAUCAAUUAAUUAACAGAGUUGAAUACACGCACUCAAAAGGAUUUCUGCACCGUGAUAUAAAACCCGACAAUUUUUUGAUGGGCUUGGGGCGCAAAGCGAAUCAGGUUUAUAUCAUUGACUAUGGUCUUGCUAAGAAAUAUAGGGAUCUCCAGACUCAUAAGCACAUACCCUACAGGGAAAACAAGAAUCUCACGGGUACCGCUCGCUAUGCCAGUGUCAAUACACACCUUGGAGUUGAGCAAAGCCGAAGGGAUGAUUUGGAAUCUCUUGGUUAUGUCCUAAUGUAUUUUCUGAGAGGAAGCCUCCCUUGGCAAGGACUUAAAGCUGGUACCAAAAAGCAGAAAUACGACAAAAUCAGUGAGAAGAAAAUGUUGACUCCUGUCGAGGUACUGUGCAAAUCAUGUCCAUCUGAGUUCAUAUCAUAUUUUCACUAUUGCCGAUCGUUAAGAUUUGAGGAUAAGCCAGAUUAUUCUUACUUGAAGAGGCUCUUCAGAGACUUGUUUUCUCGUGAAGGUUACCAACUUGACCAUGUGUUUGAUUGGACUAUAUUGAAGUAUCCCCAAAUUGGUUCGAGUUCCAGACCAAGGAAUCCAACUGUCAAUGCUGUUGCCGGAACCUCUGGUGACCGACCAAGAAGAACAUCAGUGGGUCAAGAUCUUAGAGAGAGAUUCUCGGGCGCAGUUGAAGCUUUUUCAAGAAGAAACACUUCAGCUUCUGGUCGGCCCGUUGAACAUCCCAGACAUAGGACAUUAGAAGAUGUCCCUGCUUCCAAGGAUGUGCAACUCGAUUCAGAAAGAAUCCGCAGUUCACGAAAUGGCAGUUCUUCAAAGAGACCAGCUGUUGCAAGUAGCAGGCCAAGCUCGUCCGGUGAGGCUACUGAUGGUCGUUCUAGUAGAAUGGUGUCUAGCACUGGUCGUUUAUCUACCACACAAAGAAUCCAACCUGGCAUUCUCGAGCCUAAGCCCUCUUCAUUUUCACGUACUGCAAUUACUACUGCUAAAGGUACUUCUCGUGAUGACCCCCUACGAAGCUUCGAGUUCCUUUCAAUCAAGAAGUAAACGGAGGACGGUCUCUUGCAUUAAAAAAAGUCCCGUGUGAAGUAGACAAAUACACCAUCUAUUUUAAGGAAAAUCUUCUUGGCGUUGUCUUAUCUUUGCUCUUGUAAAUGUGAAGUUUGCCGUACUUAUACCACAAUUGGCUUCGACUUUUUUUCUUUUUCUUUUUCUUUUUUUGCUUAGAGUUAUUUCUCUUGGACGCGUUGCAAUGCUCAUCUGAAGGAAUUUGAUGGGCUCUAUAUACACGCGGGAGUUUUUUUUUCCCUCCAUUUUUACGAGACAAUGGUAGAUGUAAUAAUGCUAUCUGUUUAUGGCACCACGCAAGUGAUACCGAAUAGGAGUAUACUAAAUAUGAAAUACCUAAUUGAUUUCAUGACCAUAUAUAGUGCGAGUUCUUUUUGUUUUUG